AUGCCCUGGCGAAACUCGGACGCAUACGGCUCGCAGCCAUAUGCCGCCUUCACUGACCCGAAUGGCUUUAAUUUUACCUUUGAUGUGGGCUCAGACAACUUCAUGAGCCCAUAUGCAUUCCCUCAUAUGUCGCCUGAUUCCGCAUGGACUCCAACCUCACAGCAGUUCGCAACCUCGAACCAAUCAGAUUCUCUGUCUCCGCUAGAAAUCAACAACUUCACCUCUCCAGCCCAGGAUCAGGAUCUGCAAUAUGCGCCAUCCGCGAACGCUUCUGUUCAUUCUGAUGGAAGCUCAAUUCCUGCUUUCUCCAUCCGCCAUUCUUACCCGGACCAACAGAAGCCUUCGACACAGAUGAUCGAUUCCAGUAACUUGUCUCACGGCCAAAAACGCAACUCUUCGUUCCUGGACCUUGAAGCACCUCAAGUUCCUAUCGAGCAUGUUGCUCAACCUACCUCUUCAACAUCACCUCCCGCUGUGCCUAUCAAAUCACGACAGAGCUCUAGUGCUGGUAGCCCCGAGGAAGCCUCCCAACCCUCUGAUGCUGCCGCUGCUCGUGUUCGCACGACAGAUUCUGCAAAAGUACGACACAACAUCGUAGAGCGACGAUAUCGUGAGAACAUCAACGCACAGGUUGAUGUAUUACGCGAAAGUAUCGUCGCUACUGUUCACUCGAAAGAGGAGCAGCAAGGCGGAUCGGCGUCUCGUCUAGGAGCCGAUGAGCUCAAACGUCUGACCAAAGCCGCCGUCAUCGCAGCGGCCACGAAACAAAUCAGACGUGCAAGGACUGAGAAUGAACGCCUGCUUGACGAGCACCGCGCUCUACAGGCCCAGAUUCGAGAACUUGAAAGUCUGGUCAAGUGUGGAGAUUGUCCGCUUAUGAAGCUGACCGUCGACCUCAGUCUGGAAAGCCCGACUCAGCCACCUUGA